AUGAGCGCACAAAGACAUUCCACAGUGUCCCCCCAACCACUGGAUCGCCUUCUUUCGUCUGAUCCUGUUCAAUCAUCUAUCGUUCGCAAUUCCGCCAUGGGUUGGAGCAAAUCUUCGUCACCAAUAACUAGCACUGGAACAACGCCCCUUAGAAUUUCAAAGCGGGAUAGUUCUAAACCAAAUUUUCCUCUUGUUGCUCGUCGAUCUUCCUCCAGUUACAGACAUCUCAGAAACAAUAAUCUUGUCUCCAAAUCUCCUUUCAAGUCUCAAAUCCCAACACCAUCCAAACCUUCUACGUCUUCCCAAAGUAGCGUCGCUUUCCCAAGACCAACGCCGCGCAGAGUCAGUGGCGAGAAACGCCCCCGUCCCGACUCUAUGCAUGACCAAGCUGAGAACGAGCGUCCAUUUGCCCUCAAGCGAGAGCGCCGCCAGUCCAAAGUGUACCAGGGACUCAUAGAGAAAGAGCCUGUAACCAAGAGCCCUUUCAAACGUCAUGUCGCCGAUGAAGAGAUACCACCACCCCCAGUACCCCCCAAGUCCACCCCUAUCCCUAUCCCACCAAUUCCUGAGCCGUCUCCAGCUAGAAAUGCGAAUCCUCCUAGAGCAAUCACUCCCACUCGUUCCUCGCUCGUCACCAAACGCCUCCAUGGUCCUCGAACUGCUGACCAUCCUUCCCUCGAACGCAAGCGCCAGAGACGAAAAACUGUCACCUGGGAUGAGCGUUGUGAUGUCCUCGAGUUUGACCGCGAAGAAGGCGAAGGCGAU